UUUACAAAUCUUACAUCCUAAGAGACGUUUUUAUAUGUGAAUAUGCUACAUUUCAGAAAAGCAUAACUAUGCAAGAAAGAAUGGACGAAUUACUCUCCUCCCCUUUCUCUCUCUAACACUUUCAAGCACUGCCUUCUCCAAUAACAACAUUUCAUUCCUUAUCCGGAUCGACCUGCCGGAGCUCCGACCUGUCAACUAUGGCGGAGAGAGAGGGAUGGAAUGGAGAUGAUCGGAGUGAGACUAGUGACUACACAUCGGAGGAUGAGGGGACUGAAGACUACAGGCGCGGAGGCUACCACGCUGUCCGAAUUGGAGAUACAUUUAAGCACGGGCGUUACAUAGUCCAGAGCAAGCUCGGUUGGGGUCACUUCUCCACUGUCUGGCUAGCUUGGGACACUAUAGAAUCCAAAUAUGUGGCCCUGAAAUUUCAAAAGAGUUCUCAGCAUUAUACUGAAGCAGCAAUGGAUGAAAUUACAAUACUAAAGCAAAUAGCUGAAGCGGACCCUGAUGAUACAAAGUGUGUUGUGAAGUUACUGGAUAACUUUAAACAUUCAGGCCCCAAUGGCCAACACGUUUGCAUGGUUUUUGAGUACUUGGGUGAUAAUCUGCUGACCCUCAUCAAGUAUUCAGACUAUCGAGGGAUUCCUCUUCACAAGGUGAAGGAAAUUUGUGCCCACAUUCUAGUGGGUCUAGAUUAUCUUCAUCGUGAACUCUCUAUAAUACACACAGACUUAAAGCCAGAAAACAUUUUGCUUCUGUCGAUGAUUGAUCCAGCCAAAGAUCCAAUAAAGUCUUGUGCGUCACUCAUUCUCCCAUCCAGUAAAAACAAGGUUGUCUCAGAGACGGGGUCUUCAAAGGAGAGUAGGAGCUCAAAUGGUGAUCUGACAAAAAACCAGAAGAAGAAAAUCCGGAGCAAAGCUAAGAGAGCUGCUCAAAGUUGUGCUGGAAAAGAAGCUUCUGAUGAACUGGAUCUAGAUAAUGAAGUAGGUACUCCUGAACAUUCUAAUCAUGAUGAAAAUCCAGACGGGGACUUAAAUGAUGAUCAAACUGAGUGUAAAUCCCAAGAAGACGUACCCAAUAAAACCAGCGGAAACUUAAUAGACGGGAACCAAGGAAUUCAGAAGCAUAAGAGAGGCAGCCGUUCGAUAAGGCAGAAGCUGUUAGCUGAAGUGGAACUCAAAUGCAAAUUGGUCGAUUUUGGGAAUGCAUGUUGGACUUAUAAACAGUUUACAAGCAAUAUCCAGACUAGGCAAUAUAGAUGUCCAGAAGUGAUCCUGGGUUCCAAAUAUUCAACUUCUGCAGAUCUAUGGUCCUUCGCUUGCAUUUGUUUUGAGAUGGCAACGGGAGAUGUCCUUUUUGAUCCUCAUAGUGGUGACAAUUAUGACAGAGAUGAGGAUCACUUGGCCUUAAUGAUGGAGCUUCUUGGGAUGAUGCCGCGAAAGAUUGCGUUAGGGGGGCGCUAUUCAUGGGAGUUCUUUAGUAGAUAUGGAGACUUGAGGCACAUGAGACGGUUGCGGUUCUGGCCGAUAACCAAGGUGCUCAUGGAAAAAUUUGAGUUCACUGAGAAAGAUGCAACCGAGAUGUCAGAUUUUCUUGUCCCCAUACUUGAUUUUGUACCAGAGAAAAGACCCACGGCAGCACAGUGUCUUAACCACCCAUGGCUAAUUGGAGGUCCAACCCACCCUGUGCCUUCUCGUGUAAUUAGUUCACUUCCACCAGAUGUCCCAGAGAACAGAAACAUUAUGAAGGAGAGAGAUGUGAGGGAAACAAUGGAAGUCAGGGUGGGGAAUAUGGUCAUUGAUGGAACUACUUCAAAGUUCAAAGUCAGCACCAUGGUCACUAUAGGCACCGUCUGCCAAUAAUAAUUUCACUUGACUUGUCAGUUGUCACCGUUUGUUCUAGUUAUAUAUAUGUGGAUAUCUAGUUGUAAUAAUCUGAACUAUGAUCGGUUCAUUGUUAUUGUUCUCAAUGAAAUAAAUCAAAAUUUUGCAAAUAAGACCGUAGGCAAAAUUUGUUGACAUGCAAUAUUUUUAGAAUAAUAUUUUAUUACACGAG